GACACCGGCAGGGGAGAGAUCCCAGCGCUUAGAAGUCACCGUGAUAUAUAACGGGAAGAAAAACGUCGGCGGCGAAAAUGGUCGCGGAGGUCGUCUUCCACUCCAUCCUUCCCCCCGUCCAAUCGGCGGUUUUCUUGGUCCGCCCCUCCGCCGCCGCCUUCGGUCGCUCUUCUCCUCUUCUACUGUGCCUCCGUCUCCGCCCCGCCCGCCGCCGCGCUCCCGCCGGAGCUCUCCGCAGCCUGGCGUCGAUGUCCCCGGAGAGCCCGCUGUUCCGCGACGUGUGUGCGUCGGCGGUGACGGCAGGGGUCGCCCUGGGGCUCCUCCGCUUCUGGGAGGAGUUGGCCAAGCGAGGAGUUUUCGAGCAGAAAUUGAAUCGAAAGCUUGUACAUAUAAGCAUUGGUCUGGCGUUCAUGCUCUUUUGGCCUUUGUUCAGUUCGGGAAGCCAGGCGCCAUAUCUUGCAGCUUUAGCACCGGGGAUCAAUGCUAUAAGGAUGCUGCUCAUGGGACUUGGAAUUUGGAGAAAUGAUGCUAUGGUCAAGUCAAUAAGCAGAAAUGGAGACUACAGGGAGCUUUUGAAGGGGCCAUUAUACUAUGCUUGCACUAUAACUCUGGCUACCUCUGUAUUUUGGCGAACGUCUCCUAUUGGGAUAGCUGCAAUCUGCAACCUGUGUGCUGGAGAUGGUGUGGCUGACAUAGUAGGAAGGCGAUUUGGGCGCCAUAAGCUUCCUUACAACCCUAACAAGUCCUUUGCCGGUAGCCUUGCAAUGGUAUUUGCAGGUUUCAUAGCAUCCGUUGGGUACAUGCAUUACUACCACUCAUUUGGAUUUGUCAACGAAAGCUGGGACAUGGCCCUACGCUUCUUUUUCGUGUCUCUAGCUGCAGCAUUUGUGGAGUCGCUUCCCAUCAGUUCCGAGCUGGAUGACAAUUUGACAGUUCCCUUUACUUCCCUAUUGUUUUCUGGCCUUGUUUUUUAGUUCUGCAUGAGAACCUUGGAUCUAAUGUUGUAUACUACACAAAAAUAAUGUGCCUACAUGGAUGUAGUAUGGUGCAUGGAGAUUGUUUGAGAAAUCGCAGGUGUUGGCGAUUCUUCUCUAAUGGCAGCUUCUGAGCAGCAAUUCAGUCGAUGCUUAUCAAAAUCAAUAGACUAAAAACAGUCAUCUUGUUUUAAUGUGAAAAUUGAUCUGUGAGAUUUUAUAAAUGUAACACCAUUGCACCAAACAUUGAAAGGUCUGGAAGGAACAACAAAUUAUGUUA